UUUUUUUUCUUUUUUAUUAAUUUUUUUAAUCUAUUUACAAUAAUGUCUUCAAUUGAUCGAACAGUUUAUUCACCUGGUCAUGAAGGACGAAUUUAUGAAUCAACUGCUAAUGCUUCUCGAUGGACUAUUGAUACCUUAGAAAAUCGUUACACUCGUAUAAGUGUAAUAAAAAGCUUUACAUCUAGAAGAAGUAUUUUAAAAGGUUCGCAAACACCUCUAAGAUAUAAUUCACCAUUAUUUCAAUAUGAAAGAGAAAAAAAACGUGCACGUUUAGUUCAAAGAAGAGUUAGUUUUGCUCCAGAUGCUCAAAUAAGAAUGUUUAUGGAAGGGGAUUCGCCUGACCUUAGUAACAGAAGCGUCCCUAAUCUUAUUGAAGAAACAGAACCAACUAUAAUGAUGAAUAAUGCUUUUGGAUCACCUUUCUUUGAACAUCAACAAAGGUUAGACUAUAAAAUUUGACAACAACAAAAAAAUUGCAAGCAUUAAAAAUUGUUCUUUAUAAAUAUUUAUAUAAAUAUAUGUAUAGCCCUUUAUUGAAUGAAUUAUUUGAGUCUCCUUCAGAACGUAGAAAAAGAAGACCUGAUUUAUUUGGAAGUCCAACACCUAGAAGUUCAUUCAUCAAAAGCUCAGCUACCAGAAAUCUAACUAUGAGUAGUCAAAGAAGAAUUGACGAACAACGUUCGAAUUCACUUGAUGAAACGUCGGAUGAA